AUGAAGGCAGGGUAUCUGGCAGCCGCAGCGGCGGCUCUCAUGGAGGGCGUCAGCGCUCACCGAGUCCACCGCCAUGCUCACGAGCUCUUCCACGCCAAGAAGGGCCUCAACGACAGCGAGUUCUGCGUCCCCGAGUGCUCCACGAUCUACACCACGAUCACCGGAUCUCCGAUCUGGGUGCCAACUCCCGGCCCAAGCACCACCUCGACCACCUCCUUGAGCAGCUCAUCUACUCCAGUUGCGCCGACGAGCACUGUCACAAUCCCGGCUGAGGUCCCUACACCGAUUGCCCAAACUUGCCCAACGCCAGGCACUUACACAUUCCCGGCCACAACUCUCACCCUGACCGAGACCACCACAGUGUGCGGCGCUUCCACCACCACCGUCCCCUCCGGAACUCACACCCUCGGAGGUGUCACAACCGUCGUCACAACCGCCACGACCGUUGUCUGCCCGUACGCUACCACAAAGGUCACCAGCGGCGUUGUUACCAGCGUCAUUGAGACCACCACCUAUGUCUGCCCCUCCGCCGGCACCUACACCAUCGGCCCCAUUACGGAGACGGUCACCGCCACCGAGACUGUUGUCGUUGUCCCGGUUGUCGAGACUUACUGCCCCGGCACUUACACUGCCCCGGCUGUCACCACCGUCGUGACCACUCAGACCGUUGUCUACUGCCCAUACACCAGCUCUGCUGCCCCGACUCUGGCCACCAGCGUCCCGACCACUGCUGCUCCUGUUGAGGCUUCUCCCACCGAGACCAAGGCUGCUGAGACCUCACCCGCUGCUACGUACAGCGGUGGCGGCAAGGCUAUUGCCUACACCCCUUACACCGCUGAUGAGGGUCUGUGCAAGUCUGCUGAGGAGGUCGAUGCCGAUAUCGCCAAGAUCGCCAAGGCUGGAUUCGGCCAAGUUCGUACCUACUCGACUGACUGCGACACCCUGCCCAACGUCGGUGCUGCCUGCGAGAAGUAUGGCAUCAAGAUGGUUGUCGGUAUCUUCAUUGGCCAGGCCGGUUGCACCAAUGCUUCUCCCGAUGUCGAGGAGCAGAUUUCCGCCCUGAAGUCAUGGAAGAAGUGGGAUAUCGUUCCUCUGGUCGUUGUCGCCAACGAGGCUCUGUUCCAGGGUCACUGCACUGUCAGCGAGUUGUCUGCCUUGAUCACCCAUGUCAAGUCUGAGCUUGGCUCCGCAGGUUACACUGGAGCUUACACCACUACUGACACUGUCGGCGCUUGGAUCCAGGCCGGCGUCUCUGACGCCAUCUGCGACCUCGUCGACAUUGUGGCUAUCAACGCCUACCCUUACUUCGCUGGUAACGUCUUCGCUAGCGCAGCUGGUGAGUUCGUUGCUAGUCAGCUCGACAUUGUCGAGACACUCUGCGGCAAGGAUGGUCUCGUCCUCGAGUGUGGUCACCCCUCCGAGGGCAAGUGCUACGGCGACCUGUGCGGUUCCAAGGAGGAACAGAAGGAGGUUAUUGGUUCCAUCAUCGACAAGCUGGGCGACAAGGUGACUAUCCUUGGAUUCACCAACGACAAGUGGAAGGCACCAGGUGACUGCGGCUGUGAGCAGCACUGGGGCUGUGGUGACCUGUUCGGAUUCUAA